AAUACAGUAUACGAGAAAGGUCAAUCGUCACGAGUAGCGAAACUGCAACAUCGAACUGAUAACGAUUCGUUUGUAAAUAAGCAUUCGUCCCGGAGCGGCUGAACAAUGGGAUGGAGCUAUCUCAUGCUAAUUAUACUCAUUUACUUGGGAACAAUUACGUGUCCUGUCACCUGUUGGUACUACAACUGCUUCGUAGAUUCGACGGUCCUUCUGAACGAUGGUUGCAGUUUGAAGAACAUUGUCGUCAGCAAGGACACCGAUGCCGAAAACAUUUACUUUCCUCCAACCAACAUUAAUUUUUUCGUCUCGAAUUUCUCUUCCUUCUCGCCCGUUCUGGGGUCACGGUUGGCGGAAGAAACGGAAAGUGUGAAUUUCUACAAUUGUCAAACUCCCACAUUGGCCAUUCCGGUAGCGCUUCGGAGGCUGGGGAUAUUUUUCAACAACCUGCAAAAAGUGUACUCCAACUAUCGACAGCAAAAUCGGUUGGAAUAUUUGAGUAUUGUUGAUACACAAGUGUCGGAAAUUCGAUUUGUGGAAGUCUUGGACCGACUGCGGUUUCUUCGUAUCCAGAAAAACCCAGUGCGAUAUGUGAAUUUUGAACGGUUUCGUAAUCUCACCGAGUUGGAGAUUAUUGAUUUGAGGGAAAACCAGAUCACCUUCAUCGAUCCGGGACUGAGACAGAUUGACCUGCCGAAUUUAAGUGAACUUCGUCUCAAUGGGAACUAUCUGCUGGAACUGGAUAGUAGUCGGUGGAAUUUUUCCCGUUUAAGUGUUUUGAAUGUUAACACCAAUUUUCUGCAAACACUGAACCUUCAGGAUCUAAAUAAAAUGAUGCCGGUUUUGACGGAGAUUGGUCUCGGGCGAAAUCCUUGGAACUGCAAACGACUGAAUGCCAUCAUCGAUUACCUGGUCGAUCGCAAAGUGAACUACGUGGAAACCGGCGUAGAACUGGACUGUACUUCGUUUGAUUAUAUUGAAUAUUUGAACUUCUCGGAACAGGAUGAUGCAACUCGUAGUGCGGAAAUGCUGGCUAAUUUGAAUGCAACAUCAACGCAAUACUUUCGGGAUGCUAAAUCGAUUGCACUUGAAGGUGUGUUGAAGCGUAACGAGGAGCUGCAGUUACACCUGGAAGAACUUGAAACAGGUAUUGGUAGAAUAAAACAUAAAAUUAGUGAUUUGAAAGCUAUGAUUGACAGGAACUGAAAAGUUUAGAAUUUUGUAAGUGUGGAAGAAUAAAAACUAAGUGCAAUUCGAAAAAACCGUCUGAUUUGUUCAUCAUGCACAUUAAGAGAGCGACGCA